AUGCCAGGAAUGCAGUAUAGCCAAGAAGGCAAGAGGAAGCUACUCUGGAACCAGAUUCAGGAUUUGUGCAAGUUCCAAAUCCGGCUGAAAAAAUUCUUGCUGGUCUUCUGCUUGAUCCUUCUCCUCUCAAGGACUCUAUGUGAUGCCCACUGUUACUUUAGACCAUCCAGCAAAUACGGGUGCCUUUCAAAUGGAAACCUGUACGUCUUUGGUGCUAUGUGGAAGACCGAACAUUGCUACCAAUGUCGGUGUAAGAUGACUGGAAUGAUCUGCUGCAGCUUAGUUUUAGUCCCCAAGAACUACGACAAAGUGAACUGUGUUGGUCUGUUCCACAAGAAAAGCUGCUCCAUCCGAGUAGUGAAAAAGACGAAUCCUGACAUAAGCUGCAAAGUCUACAAUGGAGUUGGUUAA